AUGGCGAUGAGAGACCUUGUCAACGGCGGAGCCGCCUGCGCGGUUCCGGGCUCAUCUUCUUCUUCCAACCCUCUCGGAGCUCUCACCAACGCGAUACUCGGUUCCUCUUCCAAAGCCCAGGAAAGGCUCAAGGAGAUACCUAAUGCCACUCGUUCAGGUCCUGGGCCACAGUUUUACUCUGAAGACCAACAUCUAAGGUCACUUCCUGGUUCUGAGUUGGAUCAGCCAGUUCUGCAACCGGGUGCUCAGGGGGCAGAGUUCUUCCGUGGCUUCCGCUCUGUAGAUCAGAAUGGUCUGGGUGCAGCUUGGGAUGAAGUACAACGUGGUGGACCUAUGCCUCCUCCAAUGGGACCUAUGUAUGAGCCAGUUCAGCCCACAUUCGAAGGACCCCCGCAGAGAGUCUUGUCAAACUUUCUGCAUUCAUUUGUUGAGAGUAGCCGUGGUGGCAUUCCCUUUCGUCCAGCACCUGUCCCUGUGCUGGGAUUGUCACAAAGUGACAAACAAUGCAUACGUGAUCGUAGUAGUAUAAUGGCCCGGCAUUUUUUCGCCGAUAGGGGAGAGGAAUUUAUCAAUGCUCAGGUAAAUGCAUUGUUGUCAUCUUUGGAUAUCGAUGAUGGUAUUCAAGCUAGAGGUCAUAUUCCUGGGAGAUUUCGGGAGCUAGAUGAUUAUUGGAACGAGUCUCAAGCAGUUAUGAAACCUGGUUUACAUCCUGCGGAUAGUUGGGCCGCUGAAUUUAACCAACAUGGGAUGGAUCAUGGUGGUCCUGAUGCAUGGGUUCAGUCUUUUGAGCAACAACAUGGUGUGAAUGGGUGGGCCACCGAGUUUGAGCAGGGUCAAUCUCAAUUGAUGUCAAACCAAAUGAGAAGUAUGGAUAUGCAAAAUUUAGCUGCAAUGGAGCAGACUCGUAAGCUUGCCCAUACACUGUCUCAGGAUGGGAACCCGAAAUUUCAGAAUUCAAGAUUCCUCCAAUUUGUUUCAAAGAUGAGCCGCGGUGAACUCAUUAUUGAUGAGAAUGAAGUCAAGCCAGGACCAGCCCCUGGGGAAUGGGCUACUGAAUAUGAACAGCAGUAUCUGGGGCCGCCAAGUUGGGCUGAUCAAUUUGCAAAUGAGAAACCUUUAAAUCCGCUAGUGAAGCUCAUGAUGAUAGGUUUAGCUGUUGUAGUGGAUCUGCAUUUCUGUCUUGGAAAUCUUUCCCAUGGACCAGAACAGUGGGCUGAUGAGUUUGCUUCUGGGAGAGGACAGCAAGAAUCGGCUGAGGACCAAUGGGUUAAUGAGUUUUCGAAGUUGAAUGUUGAUGACUGGGUAGAUGAAUUUGCUGAAGGGCCCGUGGGUGAGAGUUCCGCUGAUGCAUGGGCAAAUGCUUAUGAUGAAUUUCUGACUGAAAGAAAUGCUGAAAAGCAAGCUAGUGGUGUCUACGUCUUCUCUGACAUGAAUCCUUAUGUGGGUCACCCUGAACCUAUGAAAGAAGGGCAGGAGUUGUUUCGCAAAGGACUUCUGAGCGAAGCAGCGCUUGCUCUAGAAGCUGAGGUUAUGAAAAAUCCUGAAAACGCUGAGGGUUGGAGAUUACUUGGGGUCACACACGCAGAGAACGAUGAUGAUCAACAGGCAAUAGCUGCAAUGAUGCGUGCACAGGAGGCUGAUCCAACAAAUCUAGAGGUGCUUCUUGCACUUGGUGUGAGCCAUACAAACGAAUUGGAGCAAGCAACUGCUUUGAAAUAUUUAUAUGGAUGGCUGCGAAAUCACCCACAGUAUGGAGCAAUCGCUCCUCCAGAGCUUGCUGAUUCUCUAUACCAUGCUGAUAUUGCUAGAUUAUUCACCGAAGCUUCUCAGAUGAAUCCUGAGGAUGCCGAUGUGCAUAUAGUGUUAGGCGUUCUCUACAAUCUCUCAAGGGAAUUCGAUAGAGCGAUUUCUUCUUUCCAAACAGCAUUGAAACUAAAACCAAACGAUUAUUCUCUGUGGAAUAAGCUUGGUGCAACACAAGCCAACAGUGUCCAGAGUGCUGAUGCCAUAUCUGCUUAUCAACAGGCUCUAGAUUUAAAACCUAAUUAUGUUCGUGCUUGGGCAAACAUGGGAAUCAGUUACGCAAACCAGGGGAUGUACAAGGAAUCAAUCCCUUAUUAUGUUCGUGCCCUUGCGAUGAAUCCUAAGGCCGAUAACGCAUGGCAGUACUUGAGGCUCUCGUUAAGUUGUGCCUCAAGGCAAGACCUGAUUGAAGCUUGUGAGUCAAGGAAUCUCGAUCUCUUGCAGAAAGAAUUCCCGCUAUGA